AUGAUUCAUGAGUGGUCGCUGCAUCUUCUCCUCGCGCCCUGCGCUGUAGCUCUCCUGGCCGCCCUCCUGCUCUACCAUGUGCGUUCGUGGUAUCGCCUCCGUCACAUCCCGGGUCCCUUUUUGGCCUCGAUCUCGAAUUUAUGGAUGGUCAAGAAUGUGUUGAGUGGAAGGUUGCACGAGGUUCUGAAGGACGUCUCGGACAGAUACGGCCCUCUCGUACGGAUUGGCCCCAACGAGGUGCUUACCACGGAUCCAGAGGUUAUUCGCAUGAUGAAUUCCGUGCGUUCUCCGUACACCAAGGGCGACUUUUACCAGCUGGGCCGCAUUGUGCCGGACGAGGAUACAAUCGUAUCUUUGAGAGAUGACGGUCAACAUAAAUUGCUUCGGUCGAAGAUGGUAGCUGCCUUCGGAGGCAAGGAAAAUGAAGGUUUCGGCUUCGGUGCCGGCAUUGAUCGCCAAAUUAUGCAGUUCGUCAAUUUGAUUGACACCAAGUACAUCUCCACGGCCACCUGCUACUGUCCACUACAGUUCUUCCGCAAAACUUCAUUCUUCACGCUUGACGUCAUGGGCGACAUCUCGUUCGGCGGCGCUUUUGGGUUCCUGGCUGAGGAUCGCGACUUAUAUCGAUACAACGAGAUCCACGAUGAGUCCCUGCCCGUCAUGAACAUCAUAUCAGCGUUGCCCUGGAUGUCGAAUCUUGUGUACCGAUGGCCAUUCAGACUUAUGUUGCCUACAGAGGGCGACGAGGUUGGAUUCGGCAGGCUCAUGGGAUUCGCGAAGGCAUUCGUGGACAAGAGGCUGGAGCCAGGCGCACGACCCGAAAAGGACAUGACGCAGGCAUUCAUCAACAGCGGCAUGACUCGCUCUGAGCUCAUACAGCAAGUGUUCGUUCAAAUCAUCGCGGGCUCCGUGACAUCAGCGACGGCGAUAUGCAUGACCCUACUCUGCCUCAUUAGCACGCCCUCUGCUUAUAACGGUUUGCAAAAGGAGAUUGACCAGGCCAUACAAAAGGGCUGGAUCAGCUCCCCAAUCUCGGAGCCGGAGGCCAAACAGCUUCCGUACCUUCAGGCCGUCAUUCGCGAGGGACUCCGGAUGUAUCCCCCCGUCACCGGUAUGGGGUCUAAACAGGUUCCACCCGGAGGCGACAUGAUCAAUGGCCAUUUCCUGCCCGAAGGAACUCAGGUAGGGACCAACACCUUUGGACUCAUGCGCUCGAAGGAUAUUUGGGGCAAGGACGCUGACGUCUUCAGGCCAGAGAGAUGGCUUGAGGCGAGUGAAGCUGAGCUGAAAGUGAUGAAUACGGUGGUAGAUAUGAUUUUCGGGCAUGGGAAAUACGCCUGCCUGGGAAAACCCAUUGCCAUGAUGGAGCUGAACAAGGUAUACGUCGAGUUACUACGACGAUUCGACUUUACUAUAGUCAAUCCUCAAAUCCCGAUGAAGGCGUGGAGCGCAGUGUUUUGGGUGGCCAAUGAUUUCUGGCUGCGUAUUACGAGAAGAAGAUUAGAGGCAUAG